AUGGUGAUGGUGGUGAUCCAUGAUCGGCUCUCCGUCCUCAGAGUCCAGGAGCGCACGGUGGAGCGCGCCGAGGAAACUCCGGUCCUACCGCGGCGCAACAACGAGCCGAUCCACCGCCUGUCCCUCAGCAACAGAGACUGGAGUGAAAUGGAGGUACCUGGCAGGCAAAGUCUGUCCGAGGAGACUGGAGAUGAUGACACAGGUGGGGAAACCUUCAGGGAGGAAGACCCAAAGAUUCCUCCUGAUUUAGAGUGGGAGGACAGUGAUGGUGACCUUGCGGUGGCAGCCGACAAUGGUGGGAAGAGGAGUUAUGCCGAGACAGCACGGAUGUUCAAGCUGAGACGAAACCUGGACCAGCUGGACUGUUUUCACCGACAGAAGGAGCAUGACGUGCUGAAAGCCAGAGAAGAGCUAAAAGUCUGUCGUCAGAACAUUGUUGACUUGGAGAGGCAGAGGGACAAGUUGGAGCAAGAGAUAGAACGACAGAAAGAGGAAGACAACAGUGUGGCAGUGUUGCGUUUGCGAGCCCAGCAUAGGCGCUUGUGUGAGGAGCUACAGAGAGAAGAGGAACUGGAAGGCCACAUCAACACCAACCUGAAGCAACAAGAAUUGGAGCUGUGUCAGGUGGAGGUGGAGCUGGGCAGGUUCUGUUUGCUUCGACAGGAGGUGGAAGAGGAGGAGCAGGUCUUUGAGGCCCUGAAGGCCCAGCGGGUGGUGGCAAGGCUGCAGAAGGAGAACAACGUCAGCCAGAGGCUACAGCGCAAGAUUCAGCAUGUCAAGGAUAAACAGCAAGCCAUGCACAAGAUAGACGAGUCUCAGUGUCAGAAGAAAAUUGAAGAAGCUCCGGCAGGCCACAAGAAAGCUGCUAAAUACCUGAAAGAGACCAUUAAAAGGAUUCACCAGCAAGAGGCUGAGAAAGAGCAGCAGAGCAGGGAGUUAAUUCAAAGGAGGAUCCAAGCCAUUGAGUCUCUGAAAUCAAACAUAGCAGCUACACAAGAGAGCUUACAAGCCCAGCAACACAGAGCCAAGGCAAAUGCCCAGAGGAAAGAACAGGAAGAGAGACAACUGAGAGAAUCCCUGCAGGCCCAAGGCAUCAACAGUAUCAAGCAUAUGCACCAACAGAAACAAAUAGAGGAGCUUCAACGAAGAAAACAGGAAUUCGAGGAGAGGCAGAAGUCAAAGAGGGUGGAGAUUGUGGCCAAAAUCCUCCAGGAAGAACAGCUGGAAAAGAGGAGCAAGAGGCAAGAGGCACUGCUGUUCAAAUCCGCCCACAAAGACAAGGCCCCGUAUCAGGGUAGGGCCAGAGAGAAGCUGUUGCACUACAUGGGCCCAACCCCUCCCACUGCCACUGAGGAGAGAGCCAGACAGCAGAGAGAGUUCAGUGACAACAGCAGCUCUUCCUCAGUGACCUCUGACACUGAAGACCUGGAGGAGAUCCCAAACCAGGACAAGAAGCAGCAAAUCCUUGCCGACAGCCUGAUGGAAGCUGAGUUUUCAGGACUGUGGGACCAAAACUACAAGAAGAGCCUGGAUGAGAGUCAGGCUAAGUUGCUCCAGAAAGAAGCAAAGCAGGAAGUGUCUUUGAUACCUGCUGGAAAGCUGAACAUGCCUGCUAAAAAAGUUGUUUGUGGAAAAGAGUUUAAAGGGCCUCCUUUUAUCGGUAAACCAGAUGUCAUCCUAUUCAAGGACUUUGAGGUGGGGAAAACAUACAAGAAGAAGGUCCUCCUAACUAACAUGAGCUACACCACAAACUACUGCAAACUUCUGGGAGUCUCCACCCAGCUCAUGGACUUCAUCUCGAUCAAUUUUGAUCCUCCUGGGUCUGUGUCCCCUGGGAUGGCCUGUGACAUGCAGGCUGUUUUCCAACCUAUGAUGAAUCAAGAUCUGGAGGGAGAGGUCCACUUUGCCUCAGCACUGGGGCCCUUCUCUGUGCCCAUCAGAUGCACCAUAAAGAAAUGUCAUCUGGAGGUUGAUAGCCACCUCAUUGACUUUGGUUCACACGUGGUGGGCCAGACUAUUUCACGGACUAUCACCUUGACCAACAGGGGAGCUCUGGCUACCCUCUUCAGCCUGGACACCUCCACAUGUCCCAGUCCAGAAACCAGCCAGGUCCACAUGCCAUCCCAGGCCUCUGUCAACACACAGCAGGAGACUAGCGGUCAAAACACAUCAUCUUGCAAGCAGGAGAGCUUUGCUUCCAAGAGCACUGGAGAACUCCUGUCAAAGCAAGAGAGUCAGGAGCUUUCAGUGGCCUCACAGCAACAACUAGAAGCUGUUGCUUAUGCUGAUCAGCCUUCAGAUGUGGAAGCCCCAGUGGACCAGAGCACCUCAGACACCUCCAGUGACUUCAGCCUAGGAGAGGUGAAAGAUGGGGAGAUCGGACCUUUUGAAAGUGUCCAACUGGAGAUCGUGUUCACACCAACCAUUCCAGGGGAGGCAAAGCUGGACUUCCUCAUCAAAUUCUCCGACUCAACCAGUAGACCAAUACCUAUCACAGCAAGGGGUGUGGCAGUUAGUGUUCCUGUCUCUUUGGUUCAGCCCAGCAUUGACCUGAAGAUCUGUAUGUUUGACCGCCUCUAUCAAGACACCAUCAUAGUCCAGAGCAGCGCCAGCACGGCCUUGAGGCUGACAUUUGACGUGUGCCCAGAAAUGCGUAAGCACAUGGAGAUCCUACCAAAGACUGGGUUCAUCCAGGCUCAAUCAAGCUUUAAUGCCCAACUCAAGUUCUUGCCCAGAUGCUCUUUGUCUGAGACGUUUUUCGACAGAGAAACAGGAGUCUUGGAGGUCCCAGUGACAGUACAAGUGGCAGACCAGGUGCGACCUGUCCCCCUCACAGUCCAUGCAGUCGUCACCUCCUCAGACCUGCAGUUUGACCGAUCAGAAGUGGACUUUGGCUACUGCUCCAUUUACCAGUCAGUUAAGACCAGCGUUUGCCUCACCAAUCUCUCCCUGCUGCCUCAGGACUUUGGCUUCAUUGGCAUUCCAGAGUUUAUUGAAGUCCAACCCAAUGAUGGUUUUGGCACUCUCCUCCCGCUGGAGACCCUGGAGAUGGAGUUAAUAUUUAGUGCCAAGAAGGCUAAAGAGUACCACUUUCAGCUCAACUGCAAAUCUGGAAUUAACAGAGACUUCCCAUUAUCAUGCCGAGGGGUUGGCGUCAUCCCUCCAGUGAAGUUGUCCCACUCCCUGAUCCAGUUUGGGCCCACAGCAAUAGGGGAGCGCUCCACUGCUCUGCUCUACCUGAUCAACCACACAGCCCCUUCAGCAGCAAGGUUGUUUUCCUUUGUUCUGCCUGAGGAUUCUGAGAUCAGUAUCAGCCCCUCUGCAGGACAGGUGCUGCCUGGAGAGAAAUGCCUGGUCCAGGUAACAUUUAGACCCAGACUGUUGGACAAGGACAUCAGGGAAGAGGCAGUGCGUCUCCUCCAUCGAGCUAAAGUGCUCCGUGACCAGGAGUUGGAGAGGCACCGACAAAUGGAACUGGAGACUAAACAAGAGGUCGCAGCAGAACCCAGUAAGGUGAAGAAAGUGCUUCAGCCUCGGCUACAAGGGAAACAGGCUGUUAAUCCAAAGAACAGCAAGGUGUCAGUCAGCCCCAAGACUGAAGGACCAACCACGCUUCCUGGCCCUGCCGACAUACAGCCAGGAUCAGAGGAGUAUGAGGAGGGCAGGAUGUCUCUGCUGUAUUCAUUCACCCAGCGCUACAGACAAUACACAGUCCCCUGCUUUUUAUGGGACGGAGACCCCUCAGCAGAAAACCCACAGGCCCAGCCAACAUGGAGUCCCCUCAAUACUCUCUACUUGGAGUUGAAUUGUCCUGCCAUACAGCCCCCCUUAGUGGCGACGUCAAGCAAUGGACAAAACACCAUAGACUUCGGACAAGUGGCAGUGGGCCAGAAAGUGGUCAAAAGAUUCACAAUUCACAAUAUUUCCAAGGAAUCUUUGGAUUUGAAGUCAUCACUCUUGGACAUAAAUGGUCCUUUCUGCCUGCUCAAUGCUCUCAGAUGUAUAGAACCUGGAGAAAAGCACACUCUGUUACUAGCCUUCAGUCCAGCUCUAGAGAAGAAGUACCUGGAGACUCUGGAGGUGCGUAGCCCCAAGAUGACCCUGGAGGUGACUCUGCAUGGGGAGGGUGUGGUCCCUGUCAUCACCGCCUCUCCCACUGGAGACCUGCUCCAAUUUGGCUAUGUGUUGGAGAAAGAAAGCACCACACAAGUCCUCACGCUGCAGAACCGCUCGGCAGUGGCGGUGGGUUUCAGGGCACUGCUGACCAGCCUUUGUCCAUCCAGGCCUCAGAGUGGAGCUGACAGCCUGCCCCUGCUGCUCAGAAGUUAUACAGAAUCACAUAUUCAGCCCGUUGUGGGAACACAAAACUACAAUGGGCUGAGUGUGUUCAGUGUGAUGCCAACAGAGGGCACCAUUGCUCCAGGGAAGAGCCAGGACAUCACUGUCACCUUCCAGCCUGACCACCAGUCUGUUAACUAUUCUGACAGACUCAGUUUGGAGCUCAUGAAUAAGAGUAAGGUGUGUGUGAUGGAUCUGAAGGGUGCUGCCUGUUCACACAACAUGUAUGUUUCUGGAGGAGACCGGCUGACAGUGCCCAUUGAAUCUCUCCUCCCUCCACUAAUACCCAGUGAACAACUCACAGAGUCAGAGAUGUUGGAGAAGCCCAGCAUCCCCAUACUGCUGACCCUGCGGGGGGGCUACAGUGAUGGGGCUGUCAGACCUGCUGUCAGGGAGCUGGAGGUGGGCUGCAUCCGCUCUAUGCUGCCUGUCAAGAAGAGUGGUGAGUUUCACUGGGAUAACGUGGCAUCCCUGCAGCAGCAGGGCUUCACUGUGGAGCCAAGCAGAGGCACCGUGGAGGCAGGCCAGAGCUGUACCAUCACCAUCUCUUGGACUGCUCAAAGUGGAUACAAGGUUAACGAGGUGGUACAGGUGUGUGUGCCUCUUACCCUGAAGGGAGAUAAGACAGAAGUUUACAGUGUCACCCUGUUAGCUUGGGCCUCCAUCCCUCCUCACUGACCUCUGACCUUCACCUGAACGACACACACUCAGAACAGAACAGUUAAGGCAGGACAAGAGGAAUACACAUUUUGUAGCAUGCUGUUAUUUAUUCUGUACAAAUAAAGCAAUGAUUAUUAGUGACUGAAUGUGUUUAUUAAAACUGUAAUGUUAUUGUUUUAAACUGC